AGGCCAGAUAUAAAUGUUCAAUGUUUCUGGAAUUUUAUUUCACUUGCAUCUCAGCCUCUUUCUGGAAGAAAAAUGAACAGGCUUGCUGCAAUAUUAAUUGUGUUGGGAUUCUCCUGGAAUGCAGCCUUUGCUUCCUUCCAGGUUUACAGCAUCACGAGCACAAGUGGUGAUUACGUCCAGCAGACAGUGACCAUAGACAAUGAGAAGAAGGUAGUCAUCAUUCAUAUCCACGAGGGAAUCUGCUCUUCUGAAACAAUCUUUGACUAUAAGCAUGGAUACAUUGCCAUGCGGAUCUUCUCCCUGCGAGCUUGCUUUGUCAUGAAGAUGGAAAUAGGCUACUUUCCAGAAUUUGAAGAAAUCGGACGGCUGGCUUAUGAGAGACAGAUGAUGAGACAGAUGAUGUCAGGAAGGCACAUAUGGGUGCAGUACGAACCUGCAAAUUCUUUCUUAGGAGAAAUCAAAGAAUGGUUUACUUUUGGUAGUGCCAUUGAACAUCUCUGCAAGCAUGUACCCGUUUAUGAAGUGAAAAGAUAUGAGCAUGGAUUUAAUGCCAGAGGUUGUGUCAAGGCUGGCAUCUUAGACAUUUUGGAUAUUAGCAUUUGUGGAAGAAUCCACCUGUAGCCCUUUGGAGUCUCCGAAGAUGCCCUGCGACAGGUCCAUUCCAAUGAACAAGCUUCUCCCACCUCUGCAUGUGUUCUUGGUGGUUCAAGCAUCUUAGGCUUCUUGUGCUUCCCUUAAAUUUUGCCUUGCAACCCCACCUCAGAGCUGCUAAUAAAGAGCAAUUUCCCAAUGCCCUUGGUUUCUUAUUCUGAAAAGAUCCUUCCUUUGGAUACAAAAGACAAGGAUAUCUUUAUAGGUUUCCAAAGCACACAAAGCCUUGGCUGGCCUGACCACAGGCUAUUGACUAAACCCUAACUAACAAAGUUCUCACAAUGUGCUAAGCCACAAAUGAUGGUCUACAAAUUACAAACCGUAACGGAUAGGUUCACACCACACCAAGCCACAAAUAAGCAAACUGUAUUAUGGAUUAAGGCCAGACAGUUUUCCAGGAGAGUAGCUGGAAGUGCCAGAAACAGCUUUUAAUCUAGGUCCCCUUCUAGAUGAGAAAAAGACCUUCAGGGUGUCUUGUGAAGUGUGGCUAAUUACAAAAAUUCAACCUAAGGCAGUCUCAGCCCAGGAAAAAGGUCUGGCCCUCAGAAUUAAACAGCCUAUUUUUCAGGGCCCUCGAUUAGCUCAUACACAGGCAAUACCUGUUAGCCAUCAGCCAUCAAAAGCCAUUCCUAUCCAUCUGAUCAAACAUCUUACAGUGGUC